AUGGCGUCGGCAAAAUGCACAUGCUCCGGAGAUGUUGCAGAAUGCUAUAGCGGUGUGGCAAGCUCGUUUAGCACCUUCUUUUCGCAAGACGUUUGUGGAGCACUUCUACGCAUCUCGCCUCCUCACAGACGAAAGAAGAUUGAGCAUUGGGAUAGGCAUUCAGUUCCUGCAGUUCCUUUGCAGAAUUCUUUUUUGUCGCUGGCUGCAUCUUCGUCGGCAUGUUCGUCUACUCCCAUGGCCGUCUCUGUGCCCGAUCCGAUUGAAUCGUUCAGCGGUGAUGAAUCAGUACCACCUCCUCCAGUCCCAGUGGUUGACACGUCGGAGAGACAAUCUUUGGGGGAAAGGCUGCGUAGGAGCUUCAAAUGGGGCACUCUCAUUUUGUAUUGUUCCAUGUGGCGUAAGAAAGAUGCCGCUGGCAAGCCCCUAUGCUGGUUUUCUCGACCUUUUCCCCGCGAACGCUUUGCGGAGCUUGUUUUGAUAAUGCCCAAGAAACGAGUAAAGUUGGCCGAGAAGACGCCAAAAUUUUCCCUUAGAGCCAGUUGCCAGAAAAAUUCGGAACAGCAUGACCUAGGCUUGACCUACCCCACAGCAGACAGAAGUGGCUCACAUGUGUUGCGUGACUUGAAACAAAUUUCGUAUCCGGAGCUCUGUGAAUGGGGUCCGAAGGUCUGCAAAACAUACCUGUGGGACCAUGGUGUCCUUUCUGCUGAUGUACCUUUGUGCUGGUAUUGUGGAGAAGACAUGAUUCGCACCGGGAGACGCAUGGACGAUGAGCUCAAGUGUGGCGGCACCAAUUGUUACGGACAUCCCGUCCUGCAGCGACCUGUGGAAGCUUUCACUCCCUUGCACAGCCAAGUUCGUCAAGGCGAGGAUGCUGACUACGUGAAUUUUUUACGUUGUUGUUACUGCAUCGGUAUUCGCACUCCUCCCGAUGCACUUCGACAUCUUUUGACUGGAGUGUCCAAAAACAGGUUGACGCGUUGGACACAGGACAUUAGACUGGCCUGUGCAGUGGCCGAGUACCAAGAUUCAUCCUCUUUCGAAUUUGGUGCUGGUGUGCUCGAAUUCGAUACCGCAACUGCAGUCGUUCGCCGCAACGCGUCAAAGCUGGAGAUGACCCAAGCUCGUCUGAAACGGUCCAAAGUGGAGAGAAAAGGUCUCCAGUCGGUAAAAAAAACAGUUCGCAAGAUGUUGCGAAAACGUCCUGCGAGCAAGUGUUCUUCCAAGAAGAUCUUCAAGGGGAGACAUAUCGUCUUCAAAUUGCGAACUGUUAAUGGUAUCGACAAAAGCAGGAAGUAUGCCAUCCCGCCUUUGCCUCCCAAAGCUGCUGAACGAGGUAUCAAACAGGCCACCCAGAUCGAAUUGGUCCGCGUUGUGCAUUCAGCCAUCUCUAGGUGCAUCGAAGCAUCCAAUUUCUUCGAGAAGACCCAGAUUCUGGAGUUACCAGGCUGCAGAAAGGAGGAGUUUACGAAAGGACCUGUUGAAACCACAACAGCACUGCGUAAAGCAGGCUUCACGUGCACGCUGAGCGAAGCUUUGAAGGGCAAGGUGGAUGCUAUUUACCUCGCUGCUGAAGAGGCCAUUGAUGAGAAUCGCUUCGUGAUCCGGGCUAUUGACAAGGCCAACAUGAAGUCUCUGUGCUUGGCGUUACAAACGCAGCGCAUGUGGUGUCGGCCUAUGGUCCAAGCCUCAGCCAAGUGUCUACAACUACCAGUCUCUACCAGUUCUGAAUGUGAGGCCAUCUAUGCCACCAUUGCGGCACGGCAGAGGGAGGCCUUGAAAAAUUUGGCCAACACCAAAGCGAAGGUGGCCUUCUGUCCCAUCCUGAAAGGUGCCAUCAUCGAGUCCUGGGCCGCCGUGAACGACGCCAGUCAUCUGACAGAUCAGAGUGCCGAGGAGAUCCUGGAGAAGUGCGAGCAGCAGUUGGCGAUGGCUGACGAGUGGUUAGCUCCUGAGGAUUUGAUGUCGAAGUUGUCCUCGACCCAGAAGCAAGCCGUGGGCAAUGCCAUGUCCGCCAGCCCGGGGGUCACUCCGCCUGCCCUCCAUGAGUCAUGUUUGGCUGCAAAAGAUGCGGAUUUGUGGCAUUUCCUGACGCAAUAUCCAGUUGGUUGCGUGCAUGAGCCCUUGCCCGGAAACCACUCCGGCAUCAAGGUGCCUGUGGUCAUUUGA